GGAACAUAAAAGCUGCUCAGUGCGCUUCAGCCGGACUCGACGCGGAGCUUCAUUUUCCGUCUGCGCACGCCAAGACAGCGCUUUAUUUCAAAUGAAGCGUCCUUUCAUCCCGCUAAUAAGUUUUUAUACGUGAUAUAACAGCUGUCUUCGCCAUGAGCUGCUUGGAUGUCAUGUAUCAAGUUUAUGGUCCACCUCAGCCUUAUUUUGCCGCAGCAUACACACCAUAUCACCAUCAGAAACUGGCGUUUUACUCUAAAAUGCAAGAAUCCCCAGAAACAGUGAGCGGAAGCAGCUCUUCUUUUUCGAACAUCACCGGGCCACCUAUAAAAGAGGAGGACUGCGCCCGGGAGAAAGAUCACCCGCCGGAGGCUGAGUACAUCAGCUCCAGAUGUGUGCUAUUCACGUACUUUCAAGGGGACAUCAGUUCGGUGGUGGACGAACAUUUUAGUCGGGCUUUGAGUCAGUCCAGUAGUUAUGCACCUGGAUCCACCAACAGCAAGACCCCAAGAGGUACAUCGUCCUGGAGAGACGGAUCAUUCCCUAUGAGCCAGAGAAGCUUCCCUCCUUCUUUCUGGAACAGUGCGUAUCAGCCGUCGGUCACAGCGUCCCUCAGCAGCGCCCUGGGUUCCUCUCACACAGACCUCCCCUUCCCAGCGGACCCGUACUCCACCGCAUCUCUACACAGCCACCUUCACCAAGCCACCCCGGAGCCCUGGCACCCGUCUCACCACCAUCACCCUUACUCGCUCAGCGGAGCCAUCGGCACCCAGGGGUCCGCUUACCCCCGGCCCUCCGUGCACGACAUGUACGGAACGCACUUUGACCCCCGUUACGGCUCUCUGCUCGUGCCUUCGGUGCGGCCCCAUAGACUUCCUCCCGCCACGGUCCCCGCGCCGGGAGCCUCGCCGUGCGAUAUCAGCAAGAGCGAGCCGGGCGGCUCAGCGUGGACCGGAGCUUUCACAGCGGCGAGCUCUGAUAUGAGCCUGAACAUGGAUACAGGUCUACAGAGCCAGGAUAAAAGCAAGGACUUGUACUGGUUUUAGUGCCCUGCGACCGCUUCUUUCUCCGCUGGCUUGUCUUUCUCUGGCUUUUUCUGUAACAGAUUCUCGUCUCACUUGCAGCUCGGCGCUACACCCUCUGCGGCGGGACCAUCCUGAGCUGAACCCUUCGGCUGAGCGCAAAACUCUCGAUAGAGAAAAGACUGUAAAGAGGAGCGAGCGCGCCGUAGCGGGUGUGCGACCGCUCUCGCCCCCCCCCCUUCCCCAACCGAACGGACCCAAAACGAGAUUUUUUUAAAAAAAAGGACAAACGUUGCUUCGAGGGGACGAGCUUUGCAGGAAAGACGGGAGUUUCCGAUGCGAGAGCAGCAUUCCCGAUCAUCUCUGAAGACGGAGAGCGGCUAUUUGAAGCCACUUGACUCUAUCUAUAUUGCUUUCGGCACCUGUCACCGACAACUGUUGUGGAACUUAGACCGAGCGAGCGCCCCCCGGAUUUCAUUAAACAGGCGUUUCGUUGUAUCUGGACACACGGCGAAAGGGAACAACUGGUUUGGUUUUUCAUUCGUUUCUGAGGAGUGGUGUGAGUUCAACCGGAAGUGGAUACGAACACCAUUAAGCUGUACUGUAUAUACUUUACGUGUCUUAGUGUGUCCAGCAGCAUGACAGAAAUACUGAUUCUUUCAUUUGUACUUCUAUUUCUUUUUUUUAACAACCACUUCCAGUCACCGUCAGCCUGGGGUGACGUCUCACCACGGUGUAUUUGAAUGUACGACAUGUAAUAUAUUACCUUCUAAAGUAUUUUUCCAGUGCAUUGAG